CACAUGAGCUGGGCGCCCGCUCCGCUCCCCUCCUCCCGGCCGCGCUGUGAAUGAAGCUCUCCCGGCUACGUGGGGCGCUCGCGCAACUUGCUGUCCCGGACGCCGAAGCCGACUUGAGCGCUCGAGCCGCCCGGGCCGCGGCGCUCCUGACCUCGGACACAGGAUUGGGCCUCAAGGAUCUUCCAGAGAGCUAAACUGCAUAGCUACAGCUCCAAUCUACAUCACGUCCAAGCUUUUGAACACAAUUGGGGGGCCCUGGAAAACUCUGAGCCCCUGACCCCUAACUCCAGAGAGAUAGGAUCAAGAUGGCCAUGUGGCAGGGAGCAAUGGAUAAUCGAGGCUUUCAGCAGGGGAGUUUUAGUAGCUUCCGGAGCAGCUCCAGUGAUGAAGACCUGAUGGACAUACCUGGGACAGCGAUGGAUUUCUCCAUGAGAGAUGAUGUUCCUCCUCUUGAUGAAGAAAUAGAAGAAGACAGGUCAUACAAUGGUGGAGGAAUAGGUUCUUCAGCUAGGAUGAUGGACUUCUUGGAGGAACCAAUCCCUGGUGUGGGAACCUAUGAUGAUUUCAAUACAAUUGACUGGGUGAGAGAGAAAUCUCGGGAUCGGGAUAGACAUCGAGAGAUUACCAAUAAAAGCAAAGAAUCAACCUGGGCCUUAAUUCACAGUGUGAGUGAUGCUUUUUCUGGCUGGUUGUUGAUGCUACUGAUUGGACUUUUAUCAGGUUCAUUAGCUGGUUUGAUAGACAUCUCUGCUCAUUGGAUGACAGACUUAAAAGAAGGUAUAUGCACCGGGGGAUUCUGGUUUAACCAUGAACACUGUUGCUGGAACUCUGAUCAUGUCACGUUUGAAGACCGAGAUAAAUGCCCAGAAUGGAAUAGCUGGUCCCAGCUUAUUAUCAGCACUGAUGAGGGAGCCUUUGCAUACAUAGUCAAUUACUUCAUGUAUGUCCUCUGGGCUCUGCUGUUUGCCUUCCUUGCUGUGUCUCUUGUCAAGGUGUUUGCACCUUAUGCCUGUGGCUCCGGAAUCCCUGAGAUAAAAACUAUCUUGAGUGGUUUCAUUAUCAGAGGUUAUUUGGGUAAGUGGACUCUAAUUAUCAAAACCAUCACAUUGGUGCUGGCAGUAUCAUCUGGUUUGAGCCUGGGCAAAGAGGGCCCCCUAGUGCACGUGGCUUGCUGCUGUGGGAACAUCCUGUGCCACUGCUUCAACAAAUACAGGAAGAAUGAAGCCAAGCGCAGAGAGGUUCUGUCAGCCGCAGCAGCAGCUGGUGUAUCUGUAGCCUUUGGGGCACCUAUUGGUGGAGUACUAUUCAGCCUGGAAGAGGUCAGCUACUAUUUUCCCCUAAAAACAUUGUGGCGUUCAUUCUUUGCUGCUCUGGUGGCAGCAUUUACUCUGCGCUCCAUCAAUCCAUUUGGGAACAGCCGCCUAGUUCUGUUUUACGUGGAGUUUCACACCCCAUGGCAUCUCUUCGAGCUUGUGCCAUUCAUUCUAUUGGGCAUAUUUGGUGGUCUCUGGGGAGCUUUGUUUAUCCGCACAAACAUCGCCUGGUGUCGGAAGCGUAAGACUACACAGUUGGGCAAGUAUCCUGUCAUUGAGGUACUCAUCGUGACAGCCAUCACUGCCAUCUUGGCAUUCCCCAAUGAAUAUACCCGUAUGAGCACAAGUGAACUCAUUUCUGAACUGUUUAAUGACUGUGGCCUUCUGGACUCCUCCAAGCUCUGUGAUUAUGAGAACAGUUUCAACACAAGCAAGGCAGGUGAACUGCCUGACAGACCGGCUGGUGUGGGAGUCUACAAUGCCAUGUGGCAGUUGGCUUUGACGCUCAUACUGAAAAUUGUCAUUACUAUUUUUACCUUUGGCAUGAAGAUACCUUCUGGCCUCUUUAUCCCUAGCAUGGCUGUUGGUGCUAUAGCAGGUCGACUUUUGGGAGUUGGAAUGGAACAACUGGCUUAUUACCACCAUGACUGGGCCAUCUUUAAUAGCUGGUGUAGUCAAGGAGCUGAUUGCAUCACCCCUGGCCUUUAUGCAAUGGUUGGGGCUGCAGCAUGCUUAGGCGGCGUAACUCGGAUGACUGUGUCUCUUGUUGUCAUCAUGUUUGAGCUAACCGGUGGCUUGGAAUAUAUUGUGCCUCUGAUGGCUGCAGCUAUGACAAGCAAGUGGGUGGCAGAUGCCCUUGGACGGGAAGGAAUCUAUGAUGCCCACAUUCGCCUCAAUGGAUACCCCUUUCUUGAAGCCAAAGAAGAAUUUGCUCAUAAGACACUAGCAAUGGAUGUGAUGAAACCCCGGCGAAAUGAUCCUUUGUUGACUGUCAUUACUCAGGACAGUAUGACUGUGGAAGAUGUUGAGACCAUAAUCAGUGAAACCACUUAUAGUGGCUUCCCAGUGGUGGUGUCCCGUGAAUCCCAAAGACUUGUGGGUUUUGUUCUCCGAAGAGAUCUCAUUAUUUCAAUUGAAAAUGCACGCAAAAAGCAGGAUGGAGUAGUGAGCACUUCCAUCAUUUAUUUCACUGAACAUUCUCCUCCGAUGCCACCAUAUACCCCACCCACACUAAAGCUUCGUAAUAUCCUGGAUCUUAGCCCCUUCACUGUGACUGACCUGACACCUAUGGAAAUCGUUGUGGAUAUCUUCCGUAAACUGGGACUACGCCAGUGCCUAGUUACACACAAUGGGCGACUGCUUGGAAUCAUUACCAAAAAAGAUGUGUUAAAACAUAUAGCACAGAUGGCAAACCAAGAUCCUGAUUCUAUUCUCUUCAACUAGAAUCACAGGAUUUUGCCGGAUAUAGAAUAAGAGGGACACCACAGACCAUGGAUAUGUUUUAUUAACUGGGUACCCAAAACACCUUCCCAUAUUUGGAUUGUGAAGUCAUAUUUAGUGUGUCAUCUCUUUCCUAUAAGUUAACCAGUUGCACUAUAUAAUCUCUGGAAAUUAGUGUUCUCUGUAGGAGAAAUAAUGUUAGGUUUCUGUUAUUUUGAAUUAGGAAGAUUUUGCCAAAGUAUAAACAAAAUUGCUAUGGUUUGAUUCUUUUCCUCUUUUAAAAACAUUUUUAACGACAGAAAUAAUCAUUAGCCAAUAUGCAAUCACUGAAAACUAUGCAAGAGAAAUACAAACCAUCCUGACCUGUAACCUGCAGGAAACUCAUGAAAGAAGUCACUUUUUUUGGACUCUUAACUGUCAUUGGUGGAAGAUGAAGUUUGGCUUUUCCAAACACAGAAAGGAAAGCCAGAGGAAAAUAGUAGUGAUAUUUUCCAGACUGUGAAGAUUUAGUUUAAAUGUUAGCUCUUUCCUGUAUAAUAUUUAGCAUUAUUAGUUUGUAUGUGUUAAAUAUAUGUUAACUUUAAUAUCUGAUCAUAAAACAAUGCUGCUUUGGUUAAUCUCCAAAUUAAUAGAGGGAUUGACUUUUAUAGCUUGCCUGUUCCUGGUACUCUUUUGAAGUGCACAAAGAUAGAAAGCUUGCUCCUUGUCUGCAAAAAGGGUCAUUUUCCAGAUGGUAUUUGUUAACUCAUUAUAUGGACAUAGCCAUGCAAUAAGUUGGUAGCAAGAAAUGAUCUUUCACUGACUUUUGUGAAAAGAAUUAGUAAAGUUAUAAACAAACACUUGGACUAGGAAUUUUAUACUUUUCAUGAGGUUCCCAACUGAUCCUCUUACCCAGAUGCCACCUUCAGAAGUGAUGGUGCUUUAGGCCUCUGGGAUAUGUAAGAAUAGCAAAGGGAACCAAGUCUAGAGUGCAUAUUGUUAAACCAGGGAUCAUCUCAAGCUGUAGCUGCAUUCUCAUGCAUUCCUCCAUUCCUUUGUAAUGACCACCAGGACUGAAAUAACUGGGCACCCAUGCCUCUUCCCAAUGUUAAGUAUGUUUAUCAAGCCAGGGGUAUUCCUAUGGACAUAAAUUUAGAUUUGGGACACUCUUAGAUAUAUUCAAGGCAUGGGAACAAGAUAGGCAGCUGAUAUUCCCUGAGGCUUUUUUGAUUCUAAAUAAAAUGCAGAGCCAUAAGCCUCAGGGCAGUGGACAAGGCCUGGUGACACCAAAGGUGCUUGUAUCCGAUUGAAACAGUGCCUCUCUCAAUUUCCUACUGUACUUACUGCAGUAGAAAACACCAUACUCUAGAGACACCUUGUGGAAUUACAGAGCCACCACCAUCAUUCCAACUGCUGUUUCAUUCUCCACAUUUAUACCUAUGUGCAGGUACACACUUCUCUCCUCCUAGCCCCCACCCUUCUUUGAGAUGGAGCAUUGUUGCCUAGUUAAUCAUUCCAGUAGUUAAAAUAACCUCCAGAACUAGUUAACUUAUAAACCAAGGCUCAGCAGUCUUAAAGCAUAUGGGCCAGAGGUAACAUUCAGCCGUGCUUUUUUCUCACCCUGUUUCUGCUGCAGUGUUCCCCUGCCCAUACUGAUCCUCGGCAGUGAGACUGAACCACCAGGCGUGAGUUCAGUCUCUCCCAUUCUCCAGGUUUGUUCUCAGUACUUCCUAUGUACCUUAUAACCUAGAAUCAGUAGUUACUCAACACUUCUCCUUUUUCCUACUCCUCCCCAAAUAUUCGAGUGAACCUCAUUUGAACAGUUGCUUAUUUCUGAUUCUAGGAAUUUUUUUACCCCCAAUCUUUAACUUUAUAAAAUCUGAAAGUCUUCUACCAGAACUAGGCCAUCAAGGCUUAUUUUGAUUUAAGUAGAUUAUUUAGCAUUUUGGUGAAAAGGGGAAGGAAAAGCACUCUAGAGAAUAUUAUGUGAUAGCCAUGACUGGGUAGCUUUACAAACUCUUGUCUUCCUUUCGUGCCACUGACUCCUUUAUGACAAGGCUAUUUGUCUGACCACUCCUGUAUAUUGUGUAGUUCUUCUCUGUAUAUUUCUGAUAUUACAUAUCUUUUUAAAAUAACGGUUCACCUGAAAUUUGUGAAAGAAGAAAUGUUAUUAUUUCUAGUAUUUGGUGAUAGUGAAGGUUUGGUCAUAUUUUGUAGUGUAGCAAUGGUUUGGAGUUUGCCUUUGUGUUUCUUCUAGGCUCUGUUUUUGUUCUUGAAAAAAAAAAUUUACACAGAUGAGCCAGUGUUAAGGUGCUACUUCAGAGAAUAAAUUUAAGAAAUCAGAUAAUAUUGUGCCAAGGUGUACUUUCUAGACAUUAAACACCAUUUGGCCCUCCAGAGAAUAAUACCCCUUUGAUACCUCACUCCUGAUAAAUCUCACUCAUUAACCUCAGCUUCUCAGGAAUCCUUGUAACUCAUAUGCUAGAGGUAGCUGUAGUAUGUGAUAUCCAUGUCCAAUUCUAUGGUUUGGCUCGAAGGUUGUCUUAUUGUGGUGAUAGCUCUCUGUUGGACUGCUAGUUCAGCAACUUUAGUUUGAGAGUUGUCUUGAGGCAAAAGAAAAUGUGCUUUCUGCCAUUGCCAGUUCAGUAAUUGGACAUAUUAAACCAACAAAUAAAUCCCAUCUGGGGCAGUCUAUCAGUAACCUCAAGUGGUUAUAUACCUCAAUGGCAAAGGAAAAAAAUCUCUGCUUUUCAGUAAUUGGACAUAUUAAACCAACAAAUAAAUCCCAUCUGGGGCAGUCUAUCAGUAACCUCAAAUGGUCAUAUACCUCAAUGGCAAAGGAAAAAUCUCUGCUUUUCAAGUGCAAGUGAAUAGAAGCUAGUCUCUUUUAGUAUUAUAAAAAAAUUGCUUGACAUUAGAGAAUGAUUCAAAAAAGAAUACCAAUACAUGCUUCAGGAGACUUAGGAUUUUCAGGGGGAAAAUAUUUGGUAGAUGGUACAACCUUGAUGAAGGAAAUGAGUUUAUAGAUUUAUAAACAUCUAACUGCUAUAUUUGGAACCUUCAGAUAUUCAAUGUAAAGUUAGAGAAGCCCAAACAGUGAAAACAAUUAUUGAUUAUUCCAUUGGGGGAAGAAAAUGAGGACUAAAAGUGUAAAAUAACAACCACUUUCAAUAUAAUUUCUCUUUGGGAAUUUGUUUUGACAUUCUCCUCUUUGGCUGGUCCCAGAGUCAUUCUGGCUCAGCCAAACAUGAAACAGAGGUGGUAUUAUCCACAGAGAAGAUUUCCUCUGGUGAAUAAUCUAACAUCAAUACUUGGGAUUUGUCAACUGUCACAGCAAAUGACUAAUUUGCUCUUCAAAUGGCAAAUGGCAAGGCAGCUCAUUGUUUUGGCGUGAAAGUCUAAAUCCUAACCUUUUACAGGAAGAGGAGAGCAAUAUAAUCUGAAUUUCUGUAGCAUGUAUUAAAUUCUGUUUGAACAUGAAAAAGAUAAAGUAAGGGGGGCACGGUCUGGUCUAAAAUUGCCAAGUAAUUCUCAACCAAGGUCUUAUGAAUUUAUUCAGGCUGGGGCAAAGGGAAGCAAUUUUUUCCCAGAACUUAGCAUACAGUAGAAUUCACUAUGAAAAGUAAUCAGUACUAUCUGUUUUAAUUAUUUCAGUCUCCUGUCCUAGUUGGUCCAGAUCUUGGUUAGUUUUACAUGGUGAUGAGUAUCAAAAUGUACUUGUUACCACACCCAAUCCCCUCCCCACACAGUAUACUUUAGUUUUGUUUUUAAUAAAUCACAGGCUGUACAAUUUCGGAAAAUAGUUUUUAAUGACAGUAAAGAAGAUAUUGAAAAUUGAAAAUGGCCGGUGUAUUUAAUAUUGUAACCAUUUUUACUGAAGACUAACAACACAUUAUGUGAAGAAAGUAGGAGAGCAUGCUCCACAGUGAUGCAUACAUUUUGAACUAUUGAAGACCUUGAGGAAAUUUAGAAAUUAUGAAAAUAAGUAGGAUUUCUAAUUUAAGAAGAAAGAUGUCUAAGAAAAGAUGCGCUCUAAAAGCCUUGAUUUUAAGAAAACACCUCAAAAAUCUCUUUUGGUGAAGGAAUUGAAAUUUAUGGCAAUGGGUGAGCUCUAACAAGAAAAAUAAAAUAUAGGAGCUGUAGCCAUAGUACAGUGGGUAGGGCGUUUUUGCUUUGCAUGUGGCCGACCCGGGUUCAAUUCCCAGCAUCCCAUAUGGUCCCCCGAGCACUGCCAGGAGUAAAUUCUGAGUGCAGGGCCAGGAGUAACUCCUGUGCAUUACCGGGUGUGACCUAAAAAGCAAAUAUCACCUUGGAAAUGAUAUGUUAGUGGGGGGAGGCAAUGCCAUCCUCCAAGCUGUACAUUUUGAUUUUACAAAUUUAUGAUCCUGUGCCUCAAAGGGAGGAAAGGGGUGUGUCAUUUCCCAAAGACCAGAGUUUCCAAGUAAAGGAGAGAGAGACUUAAAGCAGCACUGGGCUGACUAUAGUCUGUUCUUCUGGAGAGAAGACAACAUCUGCUCAUAAAUGGGACACAAUCUACUCCGUUCCUUAAGUGCUAAGCAUUGAUAAGCUAAGUCUUGAAUUUUGAUGGCAAAAAAUUUUAAAAUUUAUAUUCUUGGCCUCGAAUAUGUACUUGUUGUAUAGGGGGGAAAAGUGAGAAUUGCUCAGAUCAGAACUCAAGGAGCUCUGUAACUUUGAAGUGAAAUCAGUGCCCUGGGCUCAUCGUGACUUAACGUGGCUCAGCUCAAUUAUAGUUGUUUGCUCCAAGGAGAGAAGUUUUAAGAAUAGUAGGUAUUAGCAACAUCAAGUCAAUUCCCAAAUAUUUGUUAGCCAGUCUUAUUUUAAACAUUUCCACUAUGUAGUCUGAUUUUGUCAAUUCACCCAAGACACAAAAGCCUGGCUGUGGGAGUUUGUGUUUCUUGGAUGAGACCUAUCAGUUUACUCAAUUCUGCAGUCAUAAAUUUCUACCUCUAAGUUUCUGCCAAAGUGUCUUCAACUUCUUUGUGCACACUUGUUGAAUGAAUGCUUUUCCAAAAGUUUGGCCUUUUCAGGACAAAUGAUAUGUAAAAUUAUGAGUCUAAAAAAGUGGUCUUUGUCUCUGGUCUCUUUCUCUCCCCACUUUCUUCUCUCCAUCUCUCAUUCUCUCCCUGCCUCCCCAUGCCCUAAAUUCAGGGUUGUUGCUUUUACUCAGUUGUUAUAAGUGCUUGGGGUUGCAUUUGGAUUCUGAAAAAAGGAUAGUUUGUUCUCAAAAUAGAGAAUGAAGAUUCUUCUGAGAUGAUGGGGCCAAUAGGCAAAGGCCUACUUCACUUUAGGAGCUCAAACGAGGUGUAUCAUUGGGAGUGUCUGGUCUGUGGCUUUAGCAUCUCAAGGCAAAAUUAUAAUGUGUUCAUGACUAAACUUUGUCAUUGUCUACUAUUUGAGAGUCAGAGGUAGUCAAAGAUUUGAUGAGUAAUAUACCACCUGCAAAAUAAGGUGAUGGGAGUGUUGUAAGGCAGUUUAUCAGGGUGGGACGAUUGGCCUCAUGUUGAGUGUACCUAAAAAUAUGUGGCCCUAGGGCUAGAGAGCCCAGCAGGUAAGGUGCUUGCCUUGCACACAGCUCACCUGGAUUCAAACCCUGGCACAUAGGGUCCGCUGUACCCUCCCAGGAGUGAUCUCUGAGCACAGAGCCAAGAGCAAGCCCUGAGCACCACCAAGUGUGACCCCAAAACAAAAAAUACAUGGCCCUUUGCAAGUACUCCUUUUCCUCCUCCAUAUCACAUUAUCCUUUCUGCUCCAUCUUUUCUCUCUCAUUGUCCCCUUUUUUAUUAUAUUGCUUUUUAUAUACAUUUUUACUUUUUUAUUAUAUAUUUAGUCCUUUGAGACUGUCAUGAUUAAGAAUUAGUUAUAUUCUAGAUUUUUUAAUGAUAUGCUUACGAUUUUGUUCUUUUAAACUGUCUUUUGAAGCUAUGUUGCUCACCAGGUACAGACCCGGAAGAGUGAGUCCUGACAGAUAGCACCUUGGUCAAAUCACCGGCUGACAUUCAUGACAUGUUAGCAAUUCUAAUCGAUUUGACCAAGGCCAGCUUCCUGCUCAUACUCGAUCAUUCAUUUCUGGCCAUUGGGAAAAAUACUACCCAUUGGGUGAGUCAUUGAGGCCAGGCGAUCAGAUGGGCCAGGCUCCAGCCAAUGAAUAACUUAGUAAGAAGUUCAUUUGUAGGGCUAGCUCCAUCUGCAGCAGCCAAAGACAUCUGUCUGAAUAGACAUUUUAGUUCCUGAGAGUUGGUAAACGCUCAGCUGAAUCUACUGUAUAGACAUCAGACAGUAGCUAGGCACCUAGAAACUAGCAUCAACCAAAGCUAAUAUAGCCUGAGUUUCCACAGGAAGCUUGAUGCCGAGCUCUUCAGAGAAAUUAUAUAUCUGAAUGUUGCCAACCCUUUAGUCACAAUUUCUUAGCUUUAUUAUGAUGUUUAGAGAUGUUGGUCCCCAUUGAUAGAUAGGCACAACCAGUACCAAGUUACGGCUUACCACUCACUCCAUUCUUCUCCAACAACCUAAACAGGAAGAUGUGGUUUCUAUUCCCUAUGCUUCUAACUAGCCUCAAGAUCUUAACCGCUCUGUGCCUCAGUGUUCCCGUCUGCAAAAAUGGGGAUAGUGUUAAUUUCCCUACCUACCUCACAGGGUUGUUGUGAGGACAAACUGAGAGACAAUGAAUGGAAGGUACUUUGACAAGCGCUAUACAAGUAGUUGUAAGAAAUGUAAACAAUCAUGUUAAAGGCAAUGGAAUGGACAUUGGCAAAAGGGUUAAUGGGAUUGUCCAGCCCUUUCUCUGUGUGGCUUAAAUCCAGGUCACCAUUGCUUUACACAUUUUCACUUAGUACCGAUUUGUAAUUAUGCAUGUAAUAAAGCACAGCC